UUAGAUAACAAUUUGAUAGCCCUUUCCAAAGCUGCUUUGGAGAAAAGUCUUCCUGUAUAUAUUGAAACUCCAAUAUGUAAUGUAAACCGUGCUGUCGGAACGAUGCUAAGCCAUGAAGUUACCAAGCGAUAUCACCUCGCAGGACUCCCUGCAGACACUAUUCAUAUCAAACUUAGUGGAAGUGCAGGGCAGAGUCUGGGAGCUUUUCUUUGCCCUGGCAUCACAUUAGAGCUUGAAGGAGACAGCAAUGAUUAUGUUGGUAAAGGUUUGUCAGGGGGGAAAAUCAUUGUCUAUCCUCCAAAAGAAAGCAAGUUUGACCCCAAGGAAAAUAUUGUGAUUGGAAAUGUAGCUCUUUAUGGGGCAACAACUGGGGAGGCAUAUUUUAAUGGGAUGGCAGCAGAAAGAUUUUGUGUCCGUAACUCAGGGGCCAAAGCUGUUGUGGAAGGUGUUGGUGAUCACGGCUGUGAGUACAUGACUGGCGGUACAGUUGUUGUCCUUGGAAAAACUGGAAGAAACUUUGCUGCUGGUAUGAGUGGUGGCGUUGCCUAUGUUCUUGAUGUGGAUUCAAAAUUCCGAUGUCGUUGCAAUUCAGAGCUGGUUGAUCUUGAUAAAGUUGAAGAAGACGACGAUAUCAUGACUUUGAAGAUGAUGAUACAGCAACAUCAGCGUAACACAAACAGCCAACUGGCAAAAGAUGUUCUUGCAGACUUCGAUAAUCUUUUGCCUAGAUUUAUUAAGGUCUUCCCUAGAAAUUAUCAACGGGUUCUGGCAAGCAUGAAAAAAGAGGAAGCUAACAAAGCAGCAAAUGAACGUGCCAUCAAGGAGGCGGAGGAGCAAGAAGAGGCAGAUUUGAAGGAGAAAGAUGCCUUUGAAGAGCUGAAGAAAUUAGCAGCUGCAUCUAAGGACCAAUCCAGUCAGGUUGAAGAGGAAAAAACAUUGAAGAGGCCCACCGAAGUUGCUGAUGCAGUCAAGCAUCGAGGUUUUGUUGCUUAUGAGCGACAGGGCGUGUCAUACAGGGAUCCAGAUGUUCGGAUGAGGGACUGGAAAGAGGUUAUGGAAGAGUCAAAACCCAGUCCACUCCUUAAGACACAGUCUGCGCGCUGCAUGGACUGUGGAACUCCUUUUUGUCAUCAGGAGAACUCUGGGUGUCCUCUUGGAAAUAAAAUACCAGAAUUCAAUGAGUUAGUGUAUCAAAACAGGUGGCGUGAAGCACUGGAUAGGCUUCUUGAGACAAACAACUUCCCCGAGUUCACUGGUCGGGUGUGCCCUGCACCUUGUGAAGGGUCUUGUGUGCUUGGUAUCAUUGAGAAUCCUGUUUCUAUCAAGAGCAUUGAAUGUGCCAUUAUCGACAAAGCUUUUGAGGAAGGGUGGAUGGUGCCACGACCUCCUUCUGAGAGAACUGGGAAAAGAGUCGCAAUUGUCGGGAGUGGACCCUCAGGCUUGGCUGCUGCUGAUCAGUUAAAUAGAAAGGGUCAUACUGUAACCGUGUUUGAACGUGCUGAUAGAAUCGGUGGUCUGAUGAUGUAUGGAGUGCCCAACAUGAAGACCGACAAGAUUGAUGUCGUUCAGAGGCGGGUUGACCUUAUGGAGAAGGAAGGGGUGAAAUUUGUGGUCAAUGCAAAUGUUGGAAAUGAUCCCAUGUACUCCUUGGAGCGGCUUCGUGAAGAUCACGAUGCAAUUGUUUUGGCUGUUGGAGCCACAAAGCCAAGGGACCUUCCUGUUCCUGGACGAGACCUCUCAGGAGUUCAUUUUGCAAUGGAGUUCCUUCAUGCAAACACAAAAAGUUUGCUUGAUAGCAAUCUCCAGGAUGAAAAAUACAUUUCUGCCAAGGGCAAGAAGGUGGUUGUUAUUGGUGGAGGUGACACUGGGACAGAUUGCAUAGGAACGUCUAUUCGGCAUGGCUGCAGCAGUGUUGUUAAUCUAGAGCUUCUCCCUCAGCCGCCACAAACUAGGGCUCCUGGAAAUCCUUGGCCGCAGUGGCCUCGUAUCUUCCGUGUAGAUUAUGGGCAUCAGGAAGCUGCUGCAAAGUUUGGUAAGGAUCCGAGAUCCUAUGAGGUAUUGACUAAGCGUUUCAUUGGAGAUGAGAAUGGAAAUGUGAAAGGGUUGGAGGUCAUACGUGUACAGUGGGAGAAAGAUGACAGUGGAAGAUUCCAAUUCAAAGAAGUAGAAGGCUCUGAAGAAAUUAUCGGAGCCGAUCUGGUUCUGCUAGCUAUGGGGUUCCUUGGUCCUGAAUCGACAAUAGCAGACAAACUGGGACUAGAAAAGGACAACAGGUCUAACUUCAAGGCUGAUUAUGGACGCUUCUCUACAAGUGUGGAAGGGGUGUUUGCAGCAGGAGACUGUCGCAGGGGACAGUCUUUGGUGGUGUGGGCCAUCUCCGAAGGCCGGCAAGCAGCUGCUCAAGUUGACAAGUUUCUCAUGAAGGAUGACGAGGACGACUUCACAGUUGAUGUGGCUAGCCAACAAGAAUUUGUCAAGAAGCAACAAGAUGGCAGCAAGCAGCAGACAGUCGUGACAUAAGACACUUGCAAAGCAAAUGAAUAAACGACACUAUGAGGAGGCUGGAUUAGGGAUUCUCCUUCACAUGAUAUCCAAAUCCAAGAAAAGAAGCAGAGUAAAUCGAUUGCAGCGCAGCUUGAAUAUAGGAUAGGAUAAUAGUUGAUAUUUUCUGAUUCUUGGGAGUUUGAGGGUUGGGGGGUAGUGGGAUAGUAUUUGUUUUUUGCUGCAUGUUGGGUGUCGAUAAAGUUUAUUAUUGCCGUGUUGGUUGUUUGGAGGGUAGCUCCAGCACAGGCUUAGUGGAAAAAAUAACAUGUACAGUUCUCGUUUGUGCAAAAUUUCCUUUGAAAUUAAUAUUAUGGGGGAUUAUUUCUAGUUUUA